GGUAACGCGCAUUAUCCGUUGCAUCGAUAUACAGAACAGAAGACGACUUUGUUCUUAAACUUCUCGACCAAUAAUAACAAAAAUACCGUCGGCGACAACAGUGUGCGAUCUUUCGAUCAAUCCGAAAGACAGAGAGAUUCAUCCUCCGUCCUCUCGGGGGAAGAGCGGUAGACCGGAGAGACGCACCUAACCUAAAACCAAGGUUAGGCAGCUCGAAAAAGUGUGUUCUAACUCGGUGUCCAGUUGUGCAACCGUGCUUCUGGCGGUAAAAGUGACUGCUCCGAUCGAUCCUGUGACAGGCCCUUUAAAUCGAGAACAGAGGAACACCUCGAAAAGAGAGAGAGAGAGAGAGCUGGGGUGAUCGAAGCGGAUUCGCGACGGCCCUCGUCGAUGAUAUGAGACGACAUCGUGUUGCAGGCGUUACGAGCGAGCAAACGAAGAAGUCCGAGGGGAGGAAGAGGCUAUAGAGGCAAAAGGAGAAGAAGAAAGCGCGGGAGCGUGGACGACCGAGAGAGAGAGAAUCCGUCUCGAUUGGAACGCGUGUCUUGACAGCCGUUGCCCGCGUAUUCAUCGUCAUAGGUCCGAUUCCGGUGCUAUUGUCCCCGCAUUGCGGCACUAUGGAAUAACAAAAGGGUUGAUUUGAUCGAAGAACCCGGCGAUAGCAGAGUCGGCGACCGCCUGAUUCGUAGCGUCCGUACUCAGUUCUCAGUGUAGGCUAGUCGGGCGUACGGUAGUCGUUGUCUCGACGAUAACGAAACGAUUCCGCGAAUUUUUGGCGUGCUAUUUAAACUACGUCGCAAACGCACAGGGGUGCUGCACGAGAGAGAGGGAGAGAGAGAGAGAGAGAGAGGUUAUCUUCGUGUAAACAGACUCACACGAGGACGCAGCAGCAUUUAAACAAUCUGCGCAUCGCAUAGACUGUGAUUAUUACACGUCGAUCCUUUAUCGAUCUCGACGAUCUAACCGAGUCUAACUAACCGAAAUCGUCGAACGAAAGGAGCGAACCGCGAAGGAUAUUCGGUCACCCUCCGUGUUCGACACGAGACGCACAAACAUGGCGGCAAACGUGAGCACGGAAUCCACAGGGUUCCUUUAUGAGAUGGUCGCCGAAGAUUUAUGGACGCCAUGGGAAUCCGCGGUGGAAUAUUUCGUGUACAGCCCGUGGCUGUUCUCGCUGUUGGGCAGCACGAUGAUCGGACUGACUGGCAUCUUCCCUUUGCUGGUCAUCCCCAUCGACGAAGGUGCCAAUUUGAAGACUGGAGACGGCGCUGGUACGCUGAAAAUACUGUUGAGUUUCGCAGUCGGUGGCCUUCUCGGCGAUGUUUUCCUGCAUCUGCUGCCGGAAGCAUGGGCGAACAGCUCGUUCAAGACAGCAUCAUCGGAUGCCGACCAUCCGUCGAUGACCACCGGUCUGUGGGUCCUCAGCGGUUUCCUAGUAUUCGUCAUAGUGGAGAAGCUGUUCAGCUUCGAGCAGGACGCCGAUACUGAGGAAGAGGAGGCCGCGACGGACGAAAAGUCGACCACCAACGAGGCGAGGAAGGAGGCGGAGAACAAUAAUUGCAGUAUUCUGGCCAACAGGAACCCGAAGAAUGGAAUGUCGAACGGAUACACCAAGGCGGACAUCCAGAAGCUCAUCAACAAUCUUCAGCCAUUUUUGGAGAAGACGAACAACCGCUACUCCCAUCUGUCCGACGAGUGCAAGAAUUCCUACAAAAAGAACGGUUUCGUCGGCAACGGCAUCAACCCGGUGUUGAUGAUCAACAAGCUCUCCAACUCCCUGGAGGAACUCACGAAGGAAGAGGCUAAAAAUUGUCUGCACAAGUUGACAGAAAUGAACAAUUUUAUCAACGGACUGUCGAAGAACCGUCCCGAGAACAAGAUGGUGGCCCCCGUCGAUGCUGCCGGUAAUAAAAAGACUGCGAAGAAGAAGGAGAAAUCGAAACAUAUAACCGGAUAUCUGAACCUGAUGGCAAACAUAAUCGACAACUUCACCCACGGCCUCGCGGUCGGCGGCUCUUUCCUCGUGUCUCUGCGUUUGGGGAUGCUCACCACCUUCGCCAUACUCAUCCACGAGAUACCCCACGAAGUCGGCGACUUUGCUAUUCUGUUACGUAGCGGAUUUAACAGAUGGGACGCUGCGCGGGCGCAGCUUCUCACCGCUUCCGGUGGCAUUUUUGGUGCUAUGUCUGCGGUGCUAUUUUCUGGCGGUGGAGUUGGAGCAAAGACGAGUUGGAUAUUACCGUUCACGGCGGGUGGUUUCAUGCACAUUGGUUUGGUGACCAUCCUCCCCGAGUUGCUUAAAGAGUCUAACCCGAAGGAAUCGAUGAAACAACUGUUCUCCUUGCUCUUGGGUAUCGGUGUGAUGGCAUUUUUGACAAUUCUUUGCGACUAGGAUGGUCUUAUCGUUUCUUGAAUUUAAAUAUCAUUAUUUUUGGUAGUUUAUAAAUAAUAUUUGCGCGUAUCGAAAGUAGGUCUUUUUUAUGUUAAUACUCUGUACGCGUCGAAAAAGUAAUUCAAGUUGCCAUACGGAGACAACGUUAUUCUUUUGUAAUACUUGUUGCUCAAUAUAGACGAGUCUAGGGAACAGAUGAGUCUGGUGUAAAAUAAUCGAGAACGAUGGUCAAUGACUGAUCGAAUUUAUAUCUAAAUUGCGUAACGCGUUGCGUACUCGGAAAUUGACUCGGAAUUAGUUCGCAAAUAUUUCUACUUCGAGAUUAUUCGUUAUCGAUGUUUCUUUUGUCUCUGCAAACGUGACGAACGUUUACUUCCAAUUACACUCCGGAUACAACGGACACAGAUGCGUUUCUCGCACACGCGUUCUGUAUAUUCUAACGAACACAGUUUACGUUCCUUUUGAGAAUAAAAUGAGAGAAAAGAACAGAAAAAAAGAAAGAAGGAAAAGAUUGUGUCGGGAGUAUUAGUACGAAUUCCUUUUAUAUUUUUCGAUCGUUUAUCAGGAAGUUGUAUUUACCAGGAAGCUCGCGGUGUUAUCGAUUUACAUUAAUACUUUAAGAGUGAUUGUUAGAAACCUGACAUAGUCUAUACACGCGAGAAUAUGUACGUAUGUUCCUCUGUAAACUAUUAGUAAAAAAAGAAUUGUCUGUGAGAAAAAGUCAUUCCGUCUCCGAAAGUAUCGACGUUCUUAAAUACUUUCGUGACGUGUGGGAAGUUACACGCCGCGGAACGAACAUUCGAUUUGUGAAACCGAUCACCUGUACAUAAUGUUUAUAUACUUCCUUGUUUACUGUAUAAAGACAAAGAAAACACAAGUUAUAAAAAUUUGUACUAAGAAUUUCUAUAUGCAGCACGUGCCCCGAAAGACGUACGUUUAAGUUCCUGAAGAGGUCAUUGUAAAUAGCGUUAUUAGUAGACUGCGGGUUUCAUGCAUCAAUGAAACGAUAUAAACAUCGCAAGACCAUUAUACUUUAUCUCUGUUAAUAGAUUUUCUAAUAACUGUGCCAUAUGUAAAAAGAAACUUUUAUCAUUUUCUUUCAAACAAUUCCAAAAAGAAAUUUCUACUAUGUUACCCUAGAUAAAAUAAAUUAAGAAUGCAAUUGAUACCGAAAAUUUUUAUUUUGCACGAUGAUUCGCAGUCCAGUUAUUAGAUUCGUCGAUUUUACCAUAGGGAGAACGAUUGCUAUUGCGAACGUGAAGAGAAACAAAGAAUAUAACUCGUAAAAGUAACAAUUGGUGUAAACACGGUUGUGUAAAAGAGUCUGCGAAAAUUGAUUACCUACGCAGUUGCUGCGUUAAUUAAAAAUUGAAGGUUUCUGUAAAAGUGAUGCAUUUGAGAGACGUCGUGAGAUUAUACUUUGAUGGAAAUACGAAAGAUUCAUCUUAUUUAUUACUCACGGGAAGUGCGUAUUUUCUAACGUUGCACAAAAAUAAUCGCGAUAUCCUUGUACUUAAAACACAAAAAGGCAUUCCUACUCUAUUAAAAAAAAAAAGAAAAGCCACACUUGGUACGUGAGCGGUCUUUUUUUAAUCACCUGUAUAUAGAAGUGCUAUUCUUACAAAGCUGAUUCAGUCAGCGACUUGACGAGUAUAUUUUCUAUGAAUUACGUCUAAACGAACAGAUUGUUCACAUGUAAUCGAUUCUAAUUUGAGAAUAAAGUAUGUUAUUCUGUAA